AUGAUAUUUGCUUUUCAAGUAGCUAUUACUGUUUGCAUAUUGCCAAAUUUCAUUUCUACCACAUAUUAUGAUAACAGUAUUGUUGGUGUUCCAAAGGUACAAUGCAUGGAAGAUCGGAUGAAAUUGACAUUCCAUACCGCAAAACCAUUUACAGGUCGCGUAUUUGUGAAAGGUAUGGUUGACAAAGAUCAGUGUGUCAACUCAUUUAUUGGUAAUAGAAAACUUGAAGUGCAAUAUGAAAUAAUUAAUGGACAAUGUAAUAUGCGCCGUUCUAGAAAGAUUGGUCCUGAAUUAAAAGGUAUCGAGCAGUCUAUCACUAUAAUUGUUUCAUUUCACGAUACCUUCACCACAAAAAUUGACCGUGCAUUCCGAUGUACCUGCUUUUACUUGGAAGCUGAUCGAGUCGUUACUGUUCAAUUUGAUGUUAGUAUGAUUCCAACAACGGAUUUAAUUGAUACUGCUCGAAUGCCACUUUGUACCUAUACUGUUCGACGAGAUUCAAUAACCGGAAAAACUGUUUCAUUUGCAACUAUUGGUGAUCCUGUUAUUCACGUUUGGCAAUGCGAAAGCGAUAUGUUUUCCAUUCUUGUGCACAGUUGUUUUGUGGAUGACGGAAAUGGACGUGAAAAAAAGCUACUUAUUGAUGAACGCGGUUGCGCAAUUGAACCAGCAAUUAUACCUGAUUUAACAUAUAAUGAAAAUGGAAAUAUGGCUUUUUCUAAAGUAAAUGUUUUUAAAUUUGCUGAUAAAUUGACGACUUAUUUUCAAUGCGCUGUUUCCACUUGUAUGCGCUCAGAAGGAAGAUGUAAUGAAAGAAUUCCACCAUUUUGUGCUAAUGAUCGAAUAGAAUAUUUGGGAUCACGAAUAGCACAACGAUCAACAAAUGCAAAUACAACAGAAUUAAGUGAAAAAACAACAAAGACAAUUUUUAAAUAUCGAAAAUUACGAAGUGUUAUGAAGCCAAUGAAAUCAUUUUUGUUGGAAAAUCAAACUUUAUCAAAGGGAUAUGAUGAGUACACGAUGGAUUUAUCAGCUGAUAAAAUUGUUGUGCUAGAUUUAGAUGAAGAAAGACCGAAUGCAGAAAAUUCUUUAUCAACUCAGCUAGAAAAUGAAAUGUCAAAAAAGCAGAUGCGAUUACAAACUGAUGGAAAAUUUUGUUUGAAUUUCUCGACAGCUAUACUGUUAAAUAUAAUCAUUUGCUUAUCAUUUGCUGUACUGAUCGGUGGAUUUAUUAGGAUGUUAUGGAUGAGUAAAAUGGCUGAUAAAUUAUCACUAUGA